UGGCCACACCUUAUCCACACAGAAACCAAACCCAUCAUCAAGAUUUGAUUCUGAUAACUCUAAAUCAAAACCAAACAAAAAACCCAGUACAAUUUACACACAAGAAAAGAAAAAGAAAAAAAAUGUCAGUGGCAUCUUCAUUCCCAUUUAUCAAAAUCCCAACUUCUUCUUCUGCACCAUCUUGUUCUUAUUCUUCUUCGUCUACCACUUCAUCGACUUCUCAUCAUCCUUCUUCAUGGUUCACUUCAACUAAGCUUUCUAUCAAAACCAUUAGGAGCUCUCAAACUGAAGGACCCAUUAGAAGACCUGUUGCUCCUUCUGUCAGGGAACCCUCUCCACCUCCUUCUCUCAAACCCACUCCUCCUUCUCAGCCUCCACCUUCUUCUUCCUCUUCUCCCCCAUCUCCACCUCCCAAGCCGGCUUCUGUUUCCGGGUUGGUAUCUGUGGAUGAUAAGAAUGCGGUGAUAACAUUGGAGUUUCAGAGACAGAAGGCUAAGGAGCUUCAGGAUUACUUCAAGCAGAAGAAGCUUGAUGAUGCUGAUCAGGGUCCCUUCUUUGGGUUCGUUGGGAAGAAUGAGAUUUCUAAUGGAAGAUGGGCAAUGUUUGGUUUUGCUGUUGGAAUGCUAACAGAGUAUGCAACAGGCUCAGACUUCGUAGAUCAAGUAAAGAUCCUUCUCUCCAAUUUUGGGAUAGUAGAUCUGGAAUGAUGCAUUUCUUAUUGCUUUUACUGCUUUAGGACACAUCCAGUGUUCCAUUGUAACUUUAUUGAGUGAUUUAUUUAUCGGAAAAUGCUUAGCAUUCCAAAUUUUGGGUUCUCAAAUCUUUCCCAAAUAACAUGGAAAGCAUUACGGGUUGUCAUUUCAUCGACCAGGUUUUAGCAACAUAUGGUUCUUUUGGAAAAUAUUUUGGAACCCGAAACUUGGGAUCUGUAGCAUCUUCCUUGUUUCAUUUUUAUAUGCUCUUACUCUUGACUUCCAUAAGAUGUAUGUAUGUUCCCUACACGGUUCACCACGACUCAAAAAAUACAAGUUCUGUUUUCUUUCUUCU